AUGGCGGCGGCGUUGGGCAACGCGGUGUCUUGCGGUGCCCGCCCCGGCCGGCAGCCCAAGUCCAGGCCGCAGCCGCGCGCGCUCCUUGCUGCGGGGCCAGCGCUCGUAGUGAGCGGUGACGAGCUGGUUGCUGGUGUGUGGCCGUACCGGAGGCUGGCGCUGCUGAGGCGCUUCACGGUGCUGCCGUUUGUCGGGCUGCUCUACCCGGCCUGGCUGGUCGCCGCGGCCACCGGCUGCUGGGGCUGGGACAGCAGCUGGACGCAGAUGCCUGAGGCCGCGUUGCUCGUGUUUGCCACCAUCUGCCUCGCUCACGCGCUCACCAUUCUCUCGGGACACUGGUCCGUGCACGCGCAUUGCGCGCUCACCUGCAUUCCGGAGUACAACCCCAGCAAAGCUACGCUUGUAAAGGUAGUGCCAACCCCCAACAAUGGCUCCACUGAGCUUGUGGCCUUGCACCGGGACAAGGACGAAGAUGGACAAGAAGUGCUAUCCUUCGAGUUUCAGAAAAUCAAGUAUUCCUAUGAUGCCUUGGAGAAGAAGCAGUUCCUUCCUGUGGCUUUCCCAGUGGGGAAUGCUUUCUCAUACUACCAGGGCAACAGGGGCUUCCAGGAGGAUGCCGAGAUCCGCUUAGCCGAGAAGAAGUAUGGGAGCAACAAGGCUGAGAUGGUGGUGCCGGACUUCUCAGAGCUCUUCAAGGAGAGGGCCACAGCCCCCUUCUUCGUGUUCCAGGUGCUGUGCGUGGGGCUCUGGUGCCUGGAUGAAUACUGGUACUACAGUGUCUUCACGCUGUCCAUGUUGGUGGCAUUCGAGGCCUCCCUGGUGCAACAGCAGAUGCGUAACAUGUCAGAGAUCCGCAAGAUGGGCAACAAGCCGCACAUGAUUCAGGUCUAUCGGAGCCGCAAGUGGAGGCCUGUGGCCAGUGAUGAGGUGGUCCCUGGCGACAUUGUCUCCAUUGGCCGCUCCCCUCAGGAGAACCUGGUGCCAUGUGAUGUGCUAUUGCUGCGAGGCCGUUGCAUUGUGGACGAGGCCAUGCUCACGGGGGAGUCAGUGCCUCAGAUGAAGGAGCCAAUCGAGGACCUUGAUCCCCAGCGGGUGCUGGACCUCCAGGCUGACUCCCGACUACAUGUCAUCUUUGGGGGCACCAAGGUGGUGCAACACAUACCUCCCCAAAAGGCUACCACGGGCCUGAAGCCUGUUGACAAUGGAUGCGUGGCCUUUGUCCUUAGGACUGGAUUCAACACUUCCCAGGGCAGGCUAUUACGGACGAUCCUCUUUGGGGUCAAGAGGGUGACUGCUAACAAUCUGGAGACCUUCAUCUUCAUCCUCUUCCUCCUGGUCUUUGCCAUUGCGGCAGCUGCCUACGUGUGGAUUGAAGGCACCAAGGACCCCAGCCGGAACCGCUACAAGCUGUUUCUGGAGUGCACCCUGAUCCUCACCUCUGUUGUGCCCCCUGAGCUGCCCAUCGAGCUGUCGCUGGCUGUCAACACCUCCCUCAUCGCCCUAGCCAAGCUUUACAUGUACUGCACAGAGCCCUUCCGGAUCCCCUUCGCUGGCAAAGUCGAGGUGUGUUGCUUUGACAAGACGGGUACCCUGACCAGCGACAGCCUGGUAGUACGCGGCGUGGCUGGGCUCCGGGAUGGGAAGGAGGUGACCCCCGUGUCCAAUAUCCCCGUAGAAACCCACCGGGCCCUUGCCUCAUGCCACUCCCUCGUGCAGCUCGACGAUGGUACGCUGGUUGGCGACCCCCUUGAGAAGGCCAUGCUGACGUCUGUGGACUGGACGCUAACGAAGGAUGAGAAAGUAUUUCCCCGAAGUAUUAAAACUCAGGGGCUGAAAAUUCACCAGCGCUUUCAUUUUGCCAGUGCCCUAAAGCGAAUGUCCGUGCUCGCCUCCUACGAGAAGCUCGGCUCCACCGACCUCUGCUACAUUGCAGCCGUGAAGGGGGCCCCAGAAACCCUGCACUCCAUGUUUGCCCAGUGCCCACCUGACUACCACCAUAUCCACACUGAGAUCUCUCGGGAAGGGGCCCGUGUGUUGGCACUGGGGUACAAGGAACUGGGACACCUCACUCACCAACAGGCUCGGGAAGUCAAGCGGGAGGUGCUCGAGUGCAACCUCAGGUUCGUCGGCUUCUUUGUGGUUUCCUGCCCACUCAAAGCCGACUCCAAGGCUGUGAUCCGUGAGAUCCAGAGUGCGUCCCACCGGGUGGUCAUGAUCACAGGCGACAAUCCCCUCACAGCCUGUCACGUGGCACAGGAACUGCACUUCAUUGACAAGGCGCACACACUGAUCCUGCAGCCGCCCACCGAAAGGGGGCAGCCAUGCGAGUGGCGUUCCAUUGAUGGCAGCAUCGUACUGCCACUGGCCAAGGGCUCCCCCAAGAUGCUGGCCCUGGAGCACGCACUGUGCCUCACUGGCGAUAGCUUAGCCCACCUGCAGACCACAGACCCCCAGCAGCUGCUGUGCCUCAUCCCUCAUGUGCAGGUGUUUGCCCGUGUGGCCCCCAAGCAGAAGGAGUUUGUCGUCACCAGUCUGAAGGAGUUGGGCUACGUGACACUCAUGUGUGGGGAUGGCACCAAUGAUGUGGGUGCCCUGAAGCAUGCUGACGUGGGUGUGGCGCUCCUGGCCAAUGCCCCUGAACGGGUGGUUGAGCGGCGGCGGCGGCCCCCCCGGGAUGGCCCUGUUUUGAGCAGUGGUUCCAGAGGCCCUUCACGGUCGUCCAGACAGAGGGCGGGGCUCCUGUCCCCAGAGGAACAGGCAGCCUCCCAGCGGGAUCGCCUGAGCCAGGUUCUGCGGGACCUUGAGGAUGAGAGUAUGCCCAUUGUGAAGUUGGGGGACGCCAGCAUUGCCGCACCCUUCACCUCCAAGCUUUCAUCCAUCCAGUGCAUCUGCCAUGUGAUCAAGCAAGGCCGCUGCACGCUGGUGACGACACUGCAGAUGUUCAAAAUCCUGGCGCUCAAUGCGCUUAUUUUGGCCUAUAGCCAGAGCGUCCUCUACUUGGAAGGCGUCAAGUUCAGUGACUUCCAGGCCACACUGCAGGGGCUGCUGCUGGCCGGCUGCUUCCUCUUCAUCUCUCGCUCUAAGCCCCUCAAGACCCUCUCCCGAGAGCGCCCCCUGCCCAACAUCUUCAAUCUGUAUACGGUGCUCACGGUGAUGCUGCAGUUCCUUGUGCACUUCAUGAGCCUCAUCUACUUAUACAGCGAGGCCCAGGCCCGGAGCCCGCCAAAGCAAGAGCAGUUCGUGGAUUUGUACAAGGAGUUCGAGCCCAGCCUGGUCAACAGCACCGUGUACAUCAUGGCCAUGGCCAUGCAGACAGCAACCUUCGCCAUCAAUUACAGGGGUCCACCCUUCAUGGAAAGCCUACCCGAGAAUAAGCCUUUGGUGUGGAGCCUGGCAGUGUCCAUCUUGGCCAUCGUUGGCCUGCUCCUUGGCUCCUCUCCUGACGUCAACAGCCAGUUUGGCUUGGUAGACAUCCCUGUAGAGUUCAAGCUGGUCAUUGCCCAAGUCCUGUUCCUGGACUUCUGCCUGGCAUUCCUGGUGGACCAUGUCCUGCAGUUCUUCCUGGGGGCCCCAAAGCUGAAAGUGCCUUCCUGA